AGAUUCUCCGCCCGUCCGUUCACGGUGUAGUUUCUUUGCCCUCGUUCCGGCAAUUUCUUUCUUUUGUUUGUUAUUCGUUUUCCCGGUGACGUCGGUGUUUUAUGGGAGUCGGAACCGUCUCAUUCGCCCAUUUCAAACUUUGUCGUUUGUGCAAAUUUACUUCAAAAGAGCCAAAGAUAUAUAUUCAACUUUAGGAAUUUCCUCGUUCAGCGCGGUUACAGGACCAGCGUACGAGGACGAGGAGUCAUGUCUACCAUCAUCGUGGUACUAA